CGCGACGCCAGAACGUAGUUUGUAAAGAGAGAAUUGAGUUAUUCGCAAAAAAUAUAAUUUGAGCAAUGACGGAUAAAGGUAAUGAGUUGGAAAAUGUUGAAGCCAAUGUGGUCGAAAACAUUGACAUUGAAACAGCCCUUGAAGAGUUGUUUAAGAGGAUUUUGGGAAAUCUGAAAUCGGGUAAUACCAGUGCCCGUGAGGAACUUAACAACAAUGCACAAAUUCUAGAGGAACUGCAGGAAGAGAAGUCGCGUUUAUUGACUAACUUGAAUAUGGCGUCCUUCAAUGAGUUGGGUAGCCGUGAGAAUCUGAUCGGCACAGCUAUGAAUUUGAAUAGCGUGCAAGGUUCUAUCGCGCAACAUUGGGAUUCACGUUUUGCUCUUGAUGGCAGCUAUUUGAAGGCCUAUGAGGACCACUGCAAGGAAGCUGUGAAAGCCAUGGAGGAAAGCACUGCAGCUGAAAGUUCCGCUUGCUUUGACGAAUUCUCAGAAAAGGAACAUAAAGAGCUUCACGAAUUAACAAAGAAAGCUCGGGAGCAGUAUAUGACUAUACGAAACGCUGACUACGAAAAGGUUAAGCAGCAUAUAAAGGAGUACGAAGACAAAUUACAAUCCCUGUCAGGUGAAUUGCAAAUACUUGAGCAGUAUGCACAAGAAGCCAGUGAUAUAAAAGAACAAAUGCUGCUUACACUGAAGACCCGUGCACUUGGAAUCAUGAAGCCAAAUUAACUAAAUGACUA